UGCGGGCCGACAUUACGGCAGUGGCCUCCGCGCUUCACGUCCAUCUGCCGCGCCAUGGUCUGCGACGAUGGGCUUCACGGCUCAUCGCCUACACUCCCGCGCAAGUCGCUUCGGAGACUUGCAUCCACGAGGGGUUUCAAAACACACUCGGACUAUACCUGGAUACGUGUAUUUGAGGGUCUCGAACCGUUCGCAGUAGACGCUCCAAGUAAAUUAGUGAGGGUGUCUACCAAUACCAGUGUGGAAGAAGUUAAUAAGAAACUGGGCUUUAGUGAAGAAUUAACGCUAUGGUUACAAAUUGGUGGUGAAAAGUCGAAACGUUUAGAAUUAAAUGAGUGUCCAUUAAAAAUUCAAGAGGUGUUUAUAACAAAUCUUGGAUGGAGAUCAGAAGCACGUCGGUUACGGUUUGCUGUGGAUCCUGAAAUGAGACACAGCAUGCGUUGGUGUGCCGGCCCAGCCGCUCGUUCAAGUGGAAUGUUUCAAUCUGGUACUGUGCAUGUUCUUAAAGGUCACGUUUUUCCACAAUGGAAACCACGUCCAGCGCAAAUAGUUGGAUCACAAUUGCAUAUUUUUGGGACGUCAUGGGAAAUGAUCGAAAUGAGUGGUGGCAGCAUUGAAUUUUGUCAUCCUAAAGCACAGAGAUUAGUAAUAUGCAUUAAGCCUCGUUGCCAAGGUAGCAAUUUGGUUGAUGGAGGAACAAAUCAUUUAUUCCUCGGAUUUAGCACCGUAUGGGAGAGAAAUAUGUGGUUCUGUUGGUUAAAAGAGGCUACACAAAGCACACAACCUCCAAAUGUUUUGGAUCUCAGUGGCGGUGGCAAAUCGUGUCUAGGAAGAGCUCUAGCGCAGCACAGUUCUGAAGGAUUUGCUCUUCGGGUUUUGCGCAUGCGCGGGAAUAGCUUACACUGCCUGCCACCACAGACUUGCUCACUGCAGGCACUGACGCACCUUGAUAUAAGUGAUAACAAGAUAACAGAGUUACCGAAUGAAAUAUGUCGACUGUCACAACUCGAAGAACUCCAAGCUAGCGACAAUGAAUUGAAGUCAUUGGAUUGCGUUCUACGACUUCCCCGAUUAAGAAUAAUUGUAGCCGCACGAAAUAUGAUUACUAAUUUUGGGAUAACUAACACAAGGACGAGUACGGGAGAUGAAAAUAAAUGUGACCACAGAGCACCACUCACAAAUGUCGAUCUUCGCCAUAACAGACUGAAAGGCAGUGUUAUUUUGGGAAAUUAUGAGCAUUUGGUGACGCUGGACGUAUCGUACAAUGCGGUAGAGGUACUAGUAUUGUCAUCCUUACGCGGUCUACGGGAACUUUAUGCGUCUCACAAUGCAAUUCAGCACAUGGCUUUGCACGGUGCAUCACUACGGGUUUUAAAAGCGCCAUUUAAUCAACUGGAGAGUUUGACAACAGCGGUCCCACCGAUAAACUUAGUAGAAAUUGAUUUAUCUCACAACAGAUUAACCUCAUUACCACAAUGGCUCAGUGGUUGUUCGGAUUUGACAAAACUGUACGCGAGCAACAAUCGUCUCUCCUCACUUCCUGAACAUCUAUUCUGUAGUGAACUAUCGAGUCUUAGCCAUUUGCAUUUAGCGCAUAAUAAAAUAUCAACGAUACCUUCGAUGCCCAGGUUAAGAUCACCUUUAAAAGAGCUACUUUUACAUGAUAAUUGUAUACAAGCGCUUCCAGAGAAUUUUUUUUCAGUAUGUGAUCGAUUAGCAGUACUAAAUCUAUCUAAUAAUAGAUUGAGUAGACUGCCACGACUUAGAGGUGUGUCGUCACAUUGUCUAGAGAGGUUGUAUCUAACUGCAAAUUGUUUAAAUGACGAUGCAAUUGAUGUUAUAAUCACAUUUAGAGGAUUAAAAAUAUUACAUAUGGCAUACAAUUGCCUAACGAGUUUGCCUGAAAGUUUUUUCAACUUCUGGCCAGAAAUGGAAGAAUUGGUUAUUUCUGGUAAUUCUCUAACAAAACUCCCGGAUAGUUUACCUCAACUUAACAGCAUAAGGGUUGUGCGGGCACAUUCUAAUAGAUUACGUUCAGUACCUAUGUUUGCCUGCAGCGCUUCCGUAAAAGUUUUAGAUUUCGCACACAACGAAUUAGAUAGUAUUGAUUUAAGACUGUUGGCACCGAAACAGCUAAAAUUCCUGGAUAUUUCUUGUAAUAAGAAACUUCAAGUGGAUGCAUCACAGUUUAAUGCUUAUAAAUCCCAACGUCCGUUAAGUUUAGUGGAUGUUACAGGGCGAAAUACCACAGCGUGGUCUCAAAAAAGUGUUUAUCAUGAAGAACUAAAUGGCACAACCCCUUGGGUCACGGGAUUCUCAGAAUGUCCAAAUAAAUCUCUUCAGUUAUCAUGUGCACAAAUCAGGCUUCCAUCAUAUUGUAAUAAAGAAGGAUUAUUUGCAGUGAUAGAUGGUGAAAACGAUACAGAAGUAACCAAAAUAUUACAGACUUGUUUACCUGGUUUACUUUUAGAGGAAAAAUCUAUUAAAGAAACUGUAAAUGAAUACAUGAAAUACGUUGUCCUAUCUGCUCAUAGGGAAUUAAAGGAAAAAGGGCAAAGAAAAGGUGCUUGUCUCAUUAUGUGUCAUCUAACACCAAUAAAUUCGCCUGACAAUGCAUUUGGACAUACCGCAAGAACUUAUAAUAUGAAAUUGGCAAACGUUGGGGACACGAAAGCUGUUUUAAGCCGAAGAACCGGACCUUUAUCGUUAGGGUCAGAAAAUAAUAAAAGACUCGGCUAUUCUACGCGUUAUCCUAACUCAGUUCCAGACCCAGAUGUUAUACAAACUGUGAUUAAAGAGGACGACGAAUUCCUUAUACUAGCCAAUGGUAAGUUUUGGAGUGCUGUUACAGUCGAUGCUGCAAUCAAUGAAGUAAGGGCUGAACGUAAUCCUGUUUUGGCAGCAAAACGACUACAAGAUUUAGCCCAAAGUUAUGGCACUGAAGAUUGCAUAUCUGUAGUUAUCGUUCGAUUCGACACUGUGCGCUCGGACGUUGAUUUGCUUAUGAGAGAAUUGCGUCAGACAAUCAACACUACAAAACCUGUGUGUCGCUCAGAUUGCUGUUGUUCUCGUUUAGAACCGUGCUGCCAUUCUAUAUCUCCACCUAAAUCCAAUAGUGACCGCUCAUCCCCUAGUGGACAGAGUGAUAGGCCCCUUAGCGAAGCAAUAAGUCAACAACAUUAUGCGAGCGUAAGAUCACACGCCAAAGCUAUAGACAGAAAACCUCGGGGUGGUGUUGCUAGAGCUAUUCGCGUUCGAGUAGAGGAAGAUAAAGAAGAAAAUAGGAAGCAUGAGGACAUUCCCAACUCUGAGGAGCAAUUUAAAUGUUGGGAAUAUAUGCUCGAACAAAACACGCAAAUGUUAUUUGAUAAGGAAUUAGACAAUCUAUCUAAAGGAAUUAAAUCUGAUACCAGCAGUCUUAAAACCAUAAAAGGAUUAUCAGGGAGUAGUCCUCAACUCCACGUAGCUGGGAAGCAAUCAAAACUUCCAUUCCUAUCGAAACACUUCGGCAGUGCAAGAUCUUUUGGCGCUGCUUUGAAACCAGAAUUUCGUUUCGGAUCUGGUCGAAUGCCAAACUGUGGACCUAAUGCUGCUUAUUUUGGUUCGCUUCAACGGCUUAUGCCAUAUCACUUAGAAUAUGAUUUUGCUGUGAUACAAGAGAAAUCUGCCCAAUCUCAGGAUUCUUUAGAUUUAGAGGGACGAAUGCAGCAAUAUUGGGGAGUAGCCACCACAGAGCUAUAAAAAAUGUACAUAUUUAGUUUUCCCUGUAAAUAAAACUUGCCUUAAUUUAGCACAA